AUGUCGAAUUUGCACGGGAGUUACAACCAGAAGAUCGACUACGUGUUCAAGAUCGUGCUGAUCGGAGACUCUGCCGUCGGGAAGUCGCAGCUGCUGGCCCGAUUCUCGAGGGACGAGUUCAAUGUGGACUCCAAAGCCACGAUCGGGGUAGAGUUCCAGACCAAGACACUCGUCAUCGAUCACAAGACCGUCAAGGCUCAAGUUUGGGAUACCGCCGGCCAAGAAAGGUACCGAGCAGUAACAAGUGCAUACUACAGAGGAGCACUAGGGGCUCUGCUGGUUUAUGACAUAACAAAGCGAGAAUCUUUUGAUCAUAUGGCGAGGUGGUUAUCUGAACUCAGGGAGCAUGCUGGUGAUAGUAUAGUUGUCAUGCUGAUAGGAAACAAGUCCGAUUUGGGGUCCCUUCGAGCUGUCUCAACUGAGGAUGCCAAGGAGUUUGCUCAGUCACAGAAUGUGUUCUUCAUGGAGACAUCGGCACUCGAGGCCACUAAUGUUGAGCCAGCUUUCGUCUCGGUCUUGACUGAGAUAUAUCGAAUUGUUAGUAAGAAGAACCUUCUUCCCAAUGAGGAACACGAGAAGGGGGAUGCUUCGCUUCUCAAGGGGACUGAGCUUGCUGUCAACAAUGAAUUGCCACGAGCUGGAGGAACGAGUAGUUACAGAUGUUGCACAACAUCAUAA